AAAAGUCAAAUUUACAAGCAGCCACUGAAUGCAACAGCACCAUCCACCCCUUCCCGAAGACCCUCUCAGGAAACGAAAGGGUUAAUGAGUUUUUAAGGAUCCGAUCGAUGUCUCUUCUUCCACACGUCGCCAUGAACAAAUGAAUUCGCGGGGAAUUAAAUAUCACUUUCAUAAAGGAGAACGAGUCCUGUGCUUUGAACCAGACCCUACCAAGGCUAAAGUCUUGUAUGACGCUAAGGUUCUUGAUGUCUUGAUCGGUACAGAUGAACAUGGAAGACGAGUCCCAAAGUACCUGAUUCACUUCAAUGGUUGGAGCAGAAGCUGGGAUCGGUGGGCUGCGGAGGAUCAUGUCCUAAGGGACACGGAGGAAAACCGAAAACUGCAACGUAAACUGGCUCGCAAAGCGCUGGGUCGCAUGAAGAGAAAAGGAUGGACGAAGAGGCGUCGUCGUCAGUCCUGUACUAAAUCUUCUCUGAAGACUCUCCCUAAGGAGGACGACAGCGAUGACGCUUGUUUGAUUUCAACCUCAGACAGCAGCGAAAGCGACGACUCUGACGCCGAUUCUUCAAACAGUGGCGACAGCACAUUCUCUGAGGAUAUCAACAAAAUGAGGGUUGAGCCAGAUGUCAACAUGAAGAGGGAAAGUGAGGAGAAGAUUGUUCACGUGGACAUCAGCAUCCCUGAUGUUCUCAAGAAGAAACUGGAAGAUGACUGCUUUUAUAUCAACAAAAGGAAAAAGCUCGUAAUGGUUCCCUGUCAGACCAAUGUGGUGCACAUCCUGGAGUCCUACGUCAAACACUUCGCCAUCAACAAAGCAUUCAUGGCCAACGAGCGGUACAGACGUCAGCAGAACGCCUCACAGAGCAGCAGUCCACAGCCGAUUCCUCCAGAGAAGAGCGAGGAGCUCUGUAAGGAAAUGGUCGACGGCCUGAGGAUCACGUUUGACUUCACCCUACCCAUGAUCCUCCUCUACCCAUGUGAACAAGCUCAGUUCAAAAAAGUCAGCUCUUCCAAACUCUUCCUCAGCACGAACGAAGGCUCGCCCUCCUCCAGCAACACCCAACGAGAACGCAGCCCGAGCCCACCAGUCCACAACCCCCCCACUCCUCAGUCCACAGACAGCCAGCCGGCUCUGAGCGACACGUCCGCCACCACGCCCACUGCUGCAGCUCCCACUCCGAAGCGCCGGCGCCACCCCGAUACGGACUGCAUCUCUUACCAGUCUCAGUCCCUCAGACGCUCCACGAGGAACACAUCAGGAGGGGAUCGGCCCGCUGAGGGAAGCAGCGGAGGUCAUCAGAGUGGAGGCAGCGCUACGGCCUCACCACAGCUCAAACGCCGUUUUGUCGACAUCUCUUCGCAACCAAAGUUCUUCCUCAACCUGGACAGAAAAACUCCCAUCCACAGUGGCUCCUCUUCGCCGUUGCCUUCGACUCCAAGCAAAGAGACAAGUGGUCCUUUUUACGGUCUGGAAAGCCGCAGAAACAACGAGCUUAAUGAGGUUCUGAGCUGGAGGCUGACUCCUGACAACUACCCUCUGACCGACCAGCCUCUGCCACCUUCUUACCUGUAUGGAUCACAACACCUGCUGCGGCUCUUUGUGAAGCUCCCAGAUAUUCUGGGGAAGAUGCAGCUCCCCGACAGGAAUCUCCGAGCCCUGAUCAAACAUCUGGAACUCUUUCUCAGGUUUCUGGCUGAGUUCCAUGAGGAUUUUUUCCCAGAGUCAGCCUAUGUCUCAGCGUCGGAGGCCCACUACAGCAUGAAACAACCAAGGCCGGUUUAUUGAAGGAGGCAUGGGCCCUUUCCCACCUUUUUUGUUUUGUUUUUUAUUUCUUCUUCACUUCAUGCAGCUGGAUUUGGCUUGUUAUCAAAGGAAUAAAUACCAUCUUCCUUUUCAAUUCCUCCUCUUCCUCCGUGGCCUAACAUCCAUUCCCUUGCUGUAUAUUUUUUUCUGCUUGUGCGACUCAACUGUGUGACUUUUUUAUCCCCUUUGUAGGAGAAGCCCACUAAUCCUUAUUGUAGCCGCGUUUUUGCCUACACUUAUUAGGACCAAGCUGCUUUAUCUUUUUCCAUUUCAGCUACAGUUUUGGAAUAUUGACACCAGUUCACUGGAGAUUAAAGGACACCUACAUAAAGCUCUGCGCCCUUCUUCUCUAACUUUGGAACCCGUGGAGGAAAUUUCUCGCCUGUUUGGGAAGCUAACACUUUGCAAAAAGAACUUUUCUUCUUCUGCAUGUUGAUAGUUGCUGCUUUUCCUACCAGUUUUUCUCCAGAAUGAAUGAGUGAAUUUGUAGCCUGCAUUAAUUUUCAAUGGGAGAUCUUUUUUCUUCUUUCUAGCUUGUGAUGUUGUCUCAGUAAAAAAUUGCUAUUAAGUUUGAUUAGAGUAGAGUUUGAUUGAGUAGAUCCUAUUUAAAUUUAGUUGGAUUUAAACUAUUGUACAUAGCAGUCAUUUCUGGUUAGAAUAAAGUUUAACGUGUGAGAAUGUAAAUAUUCUGUCAUAUCAGUCAGUAUGUAAUUUAUUUUUCUUCGAAAGCUAACAAAAGUUCUGACUGUACUUCAUUCUUUAUAUCAGCAACAGUUUUUUAUUUAUUUUUUUGCUUUUUGCCUUUUCUGCUUCAUGUUUUUAGUGAAAAAUAAAGUCUUUUUUUCUAAA